AUGGUAGAUUCAUUAGAUGUGUGUCCAACUGAGGAUGCAAUUGAGGUAUUUUUGCAACAUCUGGUUGAUCCAUUGCUGCCAGAUAAAUCUUCUGUCAAAGAUAAUCCCACACCUUCUCAACAGGAAUCAAUGGCUAAACAGGUGCGUUCUGCUGUCAUACUGUACAACUACUACCACAGAAAACAACAUCCAGAACUAGAAUAUCUGCCAUUUAACGAAUUUUGCAAGUUGAUUGUGGUUCUAAGGCCACCUUUACUGGCAUAUUUGCAAUUCAUGCAAAAUUUUAACGAAGUAGAGCUUAUUGAUGUGGAGAAGCAGCUAUCAUUAACAGAAAAGGUGAUCAUGGAUGCAUGUGAUGUCUGUAAAUGUUUAGAUGCAUCAAAGAAUGUUCCUAAUAUGGAGAGAUGGCCCAUUUCAAAAGUUUCUAUCCUUUUAAUAGACGGAAAGAAGGAGAACUGCUUUUUGCUCUUUGGUUCCAUCACCAAGGGGGUAUGGUCUGUGGUUGAAAAAUGUAUAGAUGCCUCUAGUCAAAGUUCUGAAGUUACACCAGAAAUGACAAAUACAUACAAAAGGAAAAGAGUCAUUAAAAAGUCUAAGAAAGAUGAAUUAAAAGUUGACGAAGACGGACUUCUACAAAUUGGGUAUUCUGCCGUAAAGGAAGCCACAGGUAUCAAUAACACCGAUAUUAUGCUUUUGGAAAGCUACACUGUCUAUUCCCAAAGCAAAGAGAAGGCAGCUUCUCGCUUAUUUAUAAUGCAGUGCUCCCAGUCAAUCAAUGAGGACAUUAUUAAAGUUCCCCUCAAAGAUGUAAUUGAAAGCUUGCAGGGUCCUUUGGUCAAAAAGGGUUCUAGCAGUUGGACGAUUACUCCAGCUGUGGCAUACUUCCAUGUGCUUCCUUAUUCUGAAAUAAUCUCACAGUGCAUUUCUAGAAAAGAAUCGCUGGAGCAGAGAAAGAACAAUGGAAGCUAUCCUCCCAGUCCAUGUGAUUUUAUCAAGGAGACCCAUGAAAUGGAUGUCGACAGAUCUUCAAUUUAUCCAUCUCAAAAUAGAGAAAAACGACAGAAUAUCACAAAAACUAUACAAGUUGGUGAAAAUCAAGAAAAAAACAAUGCAUCUGAGCAUCGUAACUCCAAUGGCUCUGCUAGUGCUAUUCAGGAUGUGAAGGUUGAUUCGACAAAUAUGCUCGCCAAUGGAGGUGGAACCAACAAUGUUGUUUCUAGCGACAAGCUUUGUGCCAAUAGCCCAAAUACCUCGUAUGAAAAAGAAACAACAGAUGCCCGUCCUCAACAUUUAAAUAUUUCUAACUCAGAUACAGAGAAGCUCCAAAGUCUUCAAGUUUCUAAAAAGACACUGUCGCAUACUGCCGUAUCUUCUCUAAUACGAAAGAGGAAUGAUCUGGUUGAUUCGGCAAAUAUGCUCGUCAAUGGAGGUGGAACCAACAAUAUUGUUUCUUGCGGCAAGCUUUGUGCCAAUAGUCCAAAUACCUUGUAUGAAAAAGAAACAACAGAUGCCUGUACUCAAAUAUCAAAUAAUUCUAACUCAGAUACAGAGAAGCUCCAAAGUCUUCAGGAUUCUAAAAAGACACUGUUGCGAACCGCCAUAUCUUGUCAAAAUCGAAAGAGGAAUGAUCUGGCUAUGAAGGUCGAUUCGACAAAUAUGAUUGUCAAUGGAGGUGAAACCAACAAUAUUGUUUCUUGCGGCAAGCUUUGUGCCAAUAGUCCAAAUACUUCGUAUGAAAAAGAAACAACUGAUGUCUGUGCUCAAAGUUUAAAUAAUUCUAGCUCAGAUACAAAGAAGCUCCAAAGUCUUCAAGAUUCUAAAAAGACACUGUCGCGAACUGCCAUAUCUUCUCUAAUACAAAAGAGGAAUGAUCUGCCUAUGAAGGUUGUUUCGACAAAUACGAUUGUCAUUGGAGGUGAAACCAACACUAUUGUUUCUUGUGGCAAGCUUUGUGCCAAUAGUCCAAAUACCUCGUAUGAAAAAGAAACAACAGAUGGCUGUACUCAGAAUUCAAAUAAUUCUAACUCAGAUACAGUGAAGCUCCAAAGUCUUCAAGAUUCUAAAAAGACACUGUCGCGAACUGCCAUAUCUUCUCUAAUACGAAAGAGGAAUGAGCUGGCCCUUCAGCAGCACAAAAUUGAUGAUGAGAUCGCUAGUUGUGAUGAAAGAAUUCAGAGAAUGCUAACUGAUGGGAAAGAUGACUAUGAAUCGAUGAUAGAAUGCAUUAUGGAAGGAUGUAAUGAUGUAUCUGUAACAAAUCAAGAAGGCAUGGGUGGACAACAAAGCUUCCCUCGUAAGAAGAGAAAUUUGUCAGAGCUGCAAAGUUCAUACCAGGAUCAAGAUGGUGUUAUGCCAUGA